AUGCAGAACAGCACUUUGGGUGCUUUUUGCUCCAGCAGAUGCAUUGAGAUGAAGUUUAAGAACAAGUUGUACCCUGUGAUACUAGCACCAGCAUUUAUUCCAGAGAUGAACAUCAUCUGUCAGAAAAAUGAUGGAAUUUCUCUUGGUGCUGCAUGCACACUGACACGCAGUACUACAGUUAUUCAGCAAGUUGUUGCAGAACUCCAGGAUUAUCAGACAGAAGUGCUUAAAGCCAUUCUUGAACAGCUACAGUGGUUUGCAGGGCAACAAAUCAGAAAUGUCGCUACUCUUGGAGGAAAUAUCAUGACUGCCAGUCCCAUUUCUGAUCUGAACCCCGUGUAUAUGGCAGCAGGGUGUAAAUUGCACGUGGCGUCAAAAGAUGGAACUAGAUUAUUAAAAAUGGAUGAAAACUUCUUCAGAGGCUAUAGAAAGACGGCACUGGAACCUCAUGAAAUAUUGCUUUCUAUUGAGAUCCCUUAUACAAGAAAGGGUGAAUACGUUGCAGCUUACAAACAAGCAACCCGUCGGGAUGAUGAUAUUGCCAUAGUGAACUGUGGGAUGAAGGUUUACUUUAAAGAUGGUACAAAUGUGGUGGAUGAAUUAAAGCUGAGUUACGGAGGCAUGGCAGCCAUUACAGUAAUGCCAAAGAAAACAUGUCAGAGGCUUAUAGGAAGAGAAUGGAAUGAAAACCUGCUCCUAGAAGCAUGCAUGCAACUUGCAGAAGAAAUGACACUUUCUUCAUCGACACCAGGGGGCAAGGUGGAAUUCAGAAGAACUCUCGCUGUCAGUUUCUUUUUCAAGUUUUACCUAGCAGUCCUUAAAAAACUGUCUCAAAAUAUCAACAAUCAUAAUAAUGUUCAUGAAGUGAUCUCCACAAGAUACACUAGUGCAACUGAACCAUUCUGCAAAGAUCCAUCAUCUGGUGUCCAGUUCUUCCAGGCUGUACCUCCUGGACAGUAUCAUGAAGAUUUGGUAGGACGUCCCAUCAUGCACUUGUCAGCUGAAAGGCACACAACUGGUGAAGCUAUUUAUUGUGAUGAUAUUCCACACUUUGAAAAUGAACUUUACCUAGCAGUGGUAACAAGCACCAAAGCACAUGCCAAGAUAAUUGCCAUAGAUGCAGAGGAAGCACUUAAGAUGCCUGGAGUAAUUUGUUUCAUUUCUGCCAAGGAUGUACCGGGGAGCAAUGCUACAGGUCAUACUGUGUAUGAUGAAACAGUAUUUGCUGAGGAUUUGGUAACCUGUGUAGGACAUAUCAUUGGAGCUAUUGUUGCUGACACACAACCUCAUGCACAACAAGCAGCAAAAUCUGUAAAGAUCACAUAUGAAGAGCUUAAGCCCAUCAUCACUAUUCAGGAUGCUAUAGAGAAUCAGUCCUUCUAUCAACCUAUCUACAAACUAGAGGAUGGAGAUGUCCAGCGUGGAUUUGAAGAAGCUGAUGAGAUCAUAGAAGGUGAAAUAUACAUAGGAGGACAAGAGCAUUUCUAUUUAGAAACUCAGUGUACCAUUGCAGUACCAAGAGAAGAUGGAGAAAUGGAACUAUUUGUAUCCACACAAGAUGCUGCAGGAACUCAGACCCUUGUUGCCAAAGCUCUUGGAGUUCCAGCAAAUCGGAUUAUAUGUAGAGUGAAGAGGAUUGGAGGAGGAUUUGGAGGGAAGGAAAGCCGGAGUACUUUGUUGUCAACUGUGGUUGCUGUGGCUGCACAUAAGACUCACUGCCCAAUACGUUGUAUGCUAGAUCGAGAUGAGGACAUGUUGAUUACAGGCGGUAGGCAUCCGUGUUUGGGACACUACAAGGUUGGGUUUCUAAUGAAUGGCAAGGUUGUUUCUGUGGAUGUUACAUACUACAGCAAUGCAGGCAAUAGCAAAGAUUUUUCAAUGUCUGUAAUGCAGCGAAUGCUCUUUCACAUGGAUGGCACAUACAAAAUUGCCAAUAUCAGAGGAACAGGAUAUGCGUGCAAAACAAACCUUCCUUCCAACACAGCCUUCCGAGGAUUUGGUGUUCCACAAGGCAUGAUGUUAGCUGAGUGUUGGAUCAAUGAUGUUUCUUUAAAGUGUGGUUUACUGGCAGAGGCGGUUCGAAGAAUGAAUUUGUACAGUGAAGGGGAUCUAACACCUUUUGGCAUGAAACAGGAAAAUAUCACUCUACAGAGGUGCUGGGAAGAAUGUGUCAUAAAGUCGAAUUAUCACGAUCGCAGAAAACAGAUUGAAGAGUUUAACAGACAACACCGCUGGAAGAAAAGGGGAAUGGCCAUUAUUCCCACUCAAUAUGGAAUUGGCUUUACAGUCUCUUUCAUGAACCAGGCUGGAGCACUGGUACACAUUUACAAGGAUGGUUCUGUACUUCUCACACAUGGUGGGACAGAGAUGGGACAAGGUCUUCACACUAAAAUGGUACAGGUUGCAAGCCGGGUAUUGCAGAUUCCCACUGAGAAGAUUUUUGUCAGUGAGACCAGCACGACUACUGUCCCCAAUGCAUCUCCUACUGCUGCUUCCUCCGGCUCAGAUCUGAACGGCAUGGCAGUUUAUAAUGCCUGCCAAAUUUUGUCACAGAGGCUAGAGCCUUUCAAGCAGGUUAACCCCAAGGGAACAUGGGAAGACUGGAUUGCAGCUGCAUAUUUUGAAAGAGUUAGUCUUUCAGCUACUGGAUUUUACAAAAUUCCAGACAUUGGCUAUAAUUUUGAGAAGAAAGAAGGACAACCAUACAGCUAUUUUACAUAUGGAGUGGCCUGUUCCGAGGUUGAAAUUGACUGCUUAACAGGUGAUCAUAAGAAUCUCCGCACUGACAUAGUGAUGGAUCUUGGCAACAGUCUAAAUCCAGCGAUAGACAUUGGACAGAUAGAAGGGGCAUUUGUUCAGGGGCUUGGUCUGUUUACACUAGAAGAGCUUCAGUAUUCUCCUCAUGGAUCGCUGUAUACCAGAGGACCUGGAAUGUACAAGAUUCCCGCUGCUGGAGACAUCCCAACCGAAUUUAAUGUAUAUCUACUCCGAGAUUCCCCAAACAAUAAAGCAAUCUACUCUUCUAAGGCUGUUGGAGAGCCACCCCUGUUUUUGUCUGCAUCAGUGUUUUUUGCCAUCAAAGAUGCCAUUACAUUUGCUCGAGCUGAAUCAGGUAUCAAAGGUUCCUUUCGUCUAGACAGUCCUGCUACCCCAGAGAGAAUACGUCUUGCAUGUGCUGAUGAAUUUACCACUCUGGUAUGCAUUUAA